AAAAAAAGCCCUGGGAGGACUCUGACUUCUUUAGCUUUCUGCUUUUGCAUGCUUUUCCAUGGGCUUAUGUUUCUUUCAUCCUGUUUUCUUCUCCUUCUCUCUUUUUAAACAUUAUAUCAUCUUCUGGCCUCUGUGAUACAGUGUAGAGGGCAUAAGAUCAUACCUGAGGCUCAUGACAGCAUCCCAGAUCCAGUUGCUGGGCUGUGUUGUGGUGGUGGUGCACGGUUUUUAAUAGUACCAUGUAACUGUUUACAAAAAUUUUUCCUUUUUGAUCAAGUCCCAAAUCUUCCAGCUUGUUCUCUCUUCCUAACUGGAAAAGUGAGACCGUUGCUUGAACGUAUGUUGGCUUGGCUGAGGAGGAAAUAAAAACUGAACCGGAGGUGGUAGAGGGAAUGGACAUCUCUACUCGCUCCAAAGAUCCUGGCUCUACGGAGCGAACGGCCCAGAAACGGAAGUUCCCCAGCCCUCCACAUUCCUCCAACGGCCAUUCGCCCCAGGACUCAUCCACAAGCCCCAUUAAAAAGAAAAAGAAACCCGGCUUAUUGAACAGUAGCAAUAAGGAGCAGUCAGAGCUAAGACAUGGUCCGUUUUACUAUAUGAAGCAGCCACUCACCACAGACCCUGUUGAUGUUGUACCACAGGACGGACGGAAUGACUUCUACUGCUGGGUUUGUCACCGGGAAGGACAAGUCCUUUGCUGUGAGCUCUGUCCCCGGGUUUAUCACGCUAAGUGUCUGAGACUGACAUCGGAACCAGAGGGGGACUGGUUUUGUCCUGAAUGUGAGAAGAUUACAGUAGCAGAAUGCAUCGAGACACAGAGCAAAGCCAUGACGAUGCUGACCAUUGAACAGCUGUCCUACCUGCUCAAGUUUGCCAUUCAGAAAAUGAAGCAGCCCGGGACAGAUGCAUUCCAGAAGCCCGUUCCCUUGGAGCAGCAUCCUGACUAUGCAGAAUACAUUUUCCACCCCAUGGACCUUUGUACAUUGGAAAAGAAUGCAAAAAAGAAGAUGUACGGCUGCACGGAAGCCUUCCUAGCUGACGCCAAGUGGAUCCUGCACAACUGCAUUAUCUACAAUGGGGGAAAUCACAAGUUGACGCAAAUAGCAAAAGUCGUCAUCAAAAUCUGUGAGCAUGAGAUGAAUGAAAUUGAAGUAUGUCCAGAAUGUUAUCUUGCUGCUUGCCAAAAACGAGACAACUGGUUCUGUGAACCCUGUAGCAAUCCGCACCCUUUGGUCUGGGCAAAACUGAAAGGGUUCCCCUUCUGGCCAGCGAAAGCUCUGAGGGACAAAGAUGGGCAGGUUGAUGCCCGUUUCUUUGGACAACAUGACAGGCUGAAUGGAGUUAUGGAGUCAUUCCAGCUAACAGCAGCUCCCAUUGCCUUGGCGCCCCGCCUGCCUGCGAACAACAGAGCCUGGGUUCCAAUCAAUAAUUGCUACCUCAUGUCUAAAGAAAUCCCCUUUUCUGUGAAAAAGACUAAAAGUAUCUUCAACAGCGCCAUGCAAGAGAUGGAAGUUUACGUGGAGAACAUACGGAGGAAGUUUGGGGUUUUUAAUUAUUCCCCGUUCAGGACACCCUAUACCCCCAAUAGCCAGUACCAAAUGCUGCUCGAUCCUAGCAACCCCAGCGCCGGCACUGCCAAGACAGACAAACAGGAGAAGGUGAAGCUCAAUUUUGACAUGACAGCAUCUCCCAAGAUCCUCCUCAGCAAGCCCCUUCUGAGUGGGGGCGCAGGCCGCAGAAUCUCCCUGUCUGACAUGCCACGCUCCCCUACGAGUACGAACUCUUCUGUGCACACGGGCUCCGACGUGGAGCAGGACCCCGAGAAGAAGGCCCCAUCCAGCCACUUCAGCGCCAGCGAGGAGUCCAUGGACUUCCUUGAUAAGAGCACAGCUUCCCCAGCCUCCACAAAGACGGGGCAAGCAGGGAGUCUGUCUGGCAGCCCGAAGCCUUUCUCUCCGCAAGCACCGACACCCAUCAUGACGAAGACAGACAAGACGUCCACCACUGGGAGCAUCCUGAAUUUGAACCUGGAUCGAAGCAAGGCUGAGAUGGACUUGAAGGAGCUGAGCGAGUCGGUCCAGCAGCAGUCAGCCCCUGUCCCUCUCAUCUCUCCCAAGCGGCAGAUUCGAAGCCGGUUCCAGCUCAACCUGGACAAGACCAUAGAGAGCUGCAAAGCACAACUAGGCAUAAAUGAGAUCUCGGAAGAUGUUUACACAGCCGUGGAGCACAGUGACUCGGAGGAUUCCGAAAAGUCGGAGAGCAGCGACAGUGAGUAUGUCAGCGACGAGGAGCAGAAGCCCAAGAAUGAGCCAGAGGAACCUGAAGACAGAGAGGGGAGCCGGGUGGACAAAGAGGCCCCCGCCAUUAAAAAAAAGCCCAAACCCGCAAACCCGGUGGAGGUCAAAGAGGAAGUGAAAAGCAACUCGCCAGCCACUGAGAAGGCAGACCCUGCACCCUCCAAGGACAAGGCAAGCCCUGAGCCCGAGAAGGACUCAGUAGAGCAGGCAAAGCCAUCACCUCACCCCACAAAGGACAAACUGAAGGGAAAAGAUGACACAGAUUCCCCCACGGUGCAUUUGGGCUUGGACUCCGAUUCAGAGAGUGAACUUGUCAUAGACUUAGGAGAAGACCCUUCUGGGCGGGAGGGUCGCAAAAACAAGAAGGAGCCCAAAGUGCCAUCACCUAAGCGCGACGCUAUAGGUAAACCGCCACCGUCCACUGCAGCGGGCAACCAGUCUCCCCCAGAGACGCCGGUGCUCACCCGCUCAGCCACCCAAGCACCCUCGGCUGGGGUCACCGUGGCUGCCACCACCAGCACAAUGUCUACUGUCACAGUCACAGCACCGGCCACCGCCGUCACCGGAAGCCCAGCGAAGAAGCAGAGGCCGCUCUUACCGAAGGAGACUGCCCCGGCCGUGCAGCGGGUCGUGUGGAACUCAUCAAGUAAGUUUCAAACGUCCUCCCAAAAGUGGCAUAUGCAGAAGAUACAGCGGCAACAGCAGCAGCAGCAGCAGCAACAGCAGCAGCAGCAGCCUCACUCUUCCCAGGGGACAAGAUAUCAGACCAGACAGGCCGUGAAAGCUGUCCAGCAGAAGGAGGUCACACAGAGUCCAUCCACUUCCACCAUCACGCUGGUGACCAGUACUCAGCCGGCAGCCCUGGUCAGCAGUUCCGGCUCUGCAAGCACCUUGGCAUCCGCUAUCAAUGCCGACCUGCCCAUCGCCACUGCCUCAGCUGAUGUGGCCGCCGACAUUGCCAAGUACACCAGCAAAAUGAUGGAUGUUAUAAAAGGAACAAUGACGGAAAUCUACAAUGACCUCUCCAAAAACACCACAGGAAGCACAGUAGCUGAGAUUCGAAGGCUGAGGAUCGAGAUCGAGAAGCUGCAAUGGCUGCACCAGCAGGAGCUUGCUGAGAUGAAGCACAAUCUGGAGCUCACCAUGGCCGAGAUGAGGCAGAGUUUGGAGCAGGAGCGGGAUCGGCUCAUUGCCGAGGUGAAGAAGCAGCUGGAGCUGGAGAAGCAGCAAGCAGUAGAUGAGACCAAGAAGAAGCAGUGGUGUGCCAACUGCAAGAAGGAGGCCAUCUUCUACUGCUGCUGGAACACUAGCUAUUGCGACUACCCCUGUCAGCAGGCCCACUGGCCUGAGCACAUGAAGUCCUGUACCCAGUCAGCUACUGCCCCUCAGCAGGAAGCAGAUGCCGAGGCAAGCACGGACACAGCAAAUAAGUCAUCCCAGGGCAGCUCCUCCAAUGCACAGUCAGCACCUUCAGAAACAGCCAGUGCCUCCAAAGAGAAGGAGACACCAGCGGAGAAGAGCAAGGACAAUUCGACCCUGGACCUUUCUGGCUCCAGAGAGACGCCCUCCUCCGUUCUCUUAGGUUCCAACCAAGGCUCUGUUAGCAAGAGGUGUGACAAGCAACCUGCCUAUACCCCAACCACUACAGACCACCAGCCGCACCCCAACUACCCAGCCCAGAAGUACCAUUCCAGGAGCAGCAAGACAGGUUUGUGGAGUAGCAGUGAGGAGAAGCGAGGAUCAGCCCGCUCCGAGCACAGCACAGGGACCAGCACGAAGAACCUCCUGCCCAAAGAGUCUCGGGAGUCUCGACUAGACACCUUCUGGGACUAGGGUGCACGCAUUGUGAGCCAGAACACCCCCCUGUAGGGGGAAACAAUCCAAACAACAGGAAGCAACAGAAACUGGAGAACAGCCACCUUUUCAAUACCCAACACUCAGGCUCUGCCCGUGGGCUUGGCUGCAAGGCAGCGACUUGACUCCAUCCCAGCAUGGGCCUUGCUGGGACUGCUGGACCUUGUGAGCCCAACACUGUAGGUGUAAGUAGGUACACUUUGUGAUGUCACUGACCUAGCCUACCUUCCUUUUUCAUAUCUAUACUGACCUUAACUUAUAAAAACAAGUUAUAUAUAACAGAUCUACAACAAAAAGAAUGUUUUGCUAAUACAGAGGGCUGGCUAGCUAGCCCUCUGGCCUCACUGGUGUCAGGGCUGGGCCCAGGGAUUGCUAUUCUCACAGAGGCACUCCUUCUUGGAUACUCAGGGGAGGGAGGGAGCCACUGUCACUCUGCAGCACACCACGAUCGGGGCUCUCAGGCUGUGCUGUCCUGGACCCACCACACCAAGCCAUCGGCCCCUCGCAGACCCUACAAGACGAUGUCAUGAAACACAAGCUCACUGGGCUCCAAGGACACAGAGAAGCAAGUGCAUUCGGUAUGCUUUCCGCUAUGGUUCCGGAAGCGGCAGGGCAGCCUGCUGUUUACAGAAGGUCCAUGGUGGAUGCAGAUAGCAUACAUGUGGGGAUGUCCCUUCUCUCUGCUGAGUGCUUCCCACAAACACUCACACACGUUUGUAAAGAGAUAUGUGUCUCAGAAGCAAGGACUCAAAAGCAAGGUGCACGUUGAGGACAUGUGAGCCCUCGGAUGGAGCAUGUAUGUAUUAUUUAUAUGCUGGAGUUCUACGUUUUUAUGUAAGCAUGAAACACAGGCAGUGUGAGAGAAAGCCAGGACCGGUCAUGCUGUCCCGUUAACGCUAUGUCUGCUGUAUUCCCAUUUUGUAUGUUGUGUAAAACAAGCCUCGAUCGAAGCAAAAAGUGAUGUGUGUAUAUGAGAAAAAUUAAUUGUAUAUCAUUCCAGUACAUUCCGUUGUACAUUUUAGUCUUUGUUUACUUUCUCUUCAUUGUUGAUAAGAGAAUGCAAGCUGUGCAUUGUCCAGCUAGUUUACCCCCUACUAGAGAAGAAAGAGAAAGAACUGCUAGAAGAAAACAGGAGAGAAAGAACAUUUGUGAAUUGCAGUUGUCAAAAAAAAAAACAAAACAAAACAAAACAAAACAAAAAACAAACAAUCUAGCCUAGCUGGCCUUAUUUGGGAAGCGUAACUGCUUUUAGCAUAUGGGAGUAUUUUUUCACAUUUUCUUUGUAUAAAAUUUGUAUUAAACUUAAAUAUCUUUUUUGA